AGCCUGGUUGAAUAGACGUCAGCGACUCGUGUGAAGUGUAUUGACUUUUGUUGCGCAUGUGCAGUGGAUGCUGAUGUAAUCGUCUGUAGAAUUUCUCACAGCUGUGUGCCAGUUCUGCCUGGAGAAUUUUAUCGUUAUCAUCCUCCGCCUUUUCCCCAGACCUGACCACUAUGUCUGACAUUUUUGUGGCCUUUCCAUCAGUAACGAAGAACAACACAGUGAUAUUUGGAAAGAAUUCAAACCGCCCUCCAUCAGAGGUACAGGAAGUGGUCUACUGCUCGGGGGCACAGCAUGCCCCUGGUUCGAAGGUCAAGUGUACGUUUGUGGAGGUAGAUCAGGUUGAUGAGACCUAUAACGUGAUCCUCAGUAAGCCAACAUGGUGCUGGGGCGCAGAAAUGGGGGCCAAUGACAAGGGUGUGUGUGUGGGCUGUACCUCCGUCUGGACCAAACUUUGUCAUCAGGGAGAACAUGCUGACAAACUCAUAGGUGUAGACUUUGUCAGACUGGCUCUAGAGAGGGCAAAGUCUGCUCGUGAGGGUGUGGACAUCAUAACGUCCCUACUGGAGAAGUACGGCCAAGGAGGACAGAACACCAAUGAUGUGAAUUUCGGCCAGUGGACAUACAACAAUUCUUUCUUGAUAGUGGACAAAUCAGAGGCCUGGGUGCUGGACACCGCUGGUCAGUUUUGGGCUGCGAAGAAAUUUACAUCUGGCGUCCACAACAUCUCCAGUGCUCUGUCCAUCGACAUGGAGAUGGAUCUAACGUCUCCUGGACUAACAGAGGCGGCCAUUUCGGCUGGAUACUGGAAGGCUGACCAGGGAACAUUUAAUUUUGCGCAGGCAUUUGAUGCGGAAUUCUCCGGAUUAUCAUUAGCUGAGACACAGCUGCCAAGUAAUCGUGUAAAAAAAGGGAGAGAACUGAUGGAGAAAAUGGUUGACAAGGGAAAAUUUUCACUAGAGAAUAUGAUAGAAAUUCUUCGCGAUGAAGAGAGCAGCAUCAAUUUCGCUGGUGACAUUUUAACAGUCGGAAGUCAAGUUUCGAUGUUGAACGCCACAACGUCAGAAUCUCCCGACAGUCAUUGGUUCACUGGAACACCAAACACCUCUGUGUCAGUCUUCAAACCAUUCAUCUUCUGCCCAGAUAUCGACAUUGGCGAUAUUACAGUGGCUCCCUCUGUUGACAAACAUCACAAAUUGUAUGAUGCUCAUGAAAAGAAGCGAACAUUAAUGGAGGGAAAAUGUGCGUCUGGUGAAAAGCUCCUUGGAAUCAUGAUGGCAUUGGAACGCCAGUGUUUGAUAGACAUACAGGAUUACCUACAGAAUUUUUCUAAAGACUUGAUUGAUGAAUCUCGUGACCUUUUCAAAGACGUGGCAGAGUCAGAGGUCAAGUUCUACCGAUGAACAAAUUAAAACAAAUCAUGCAAAGUUGUGAAAUUUACAUUUGUGCUUUAUCUUAUCAAAAUUGGAUUCCAAACUGGAAAACAGAUUUGAUUUGAGUUGUUCCAGUUAAAUGAAAAUCCAUUUUUCCCUUAAAAAUAUUGUGCAUCAAAGUACAUAGUCGAAGCCAAGAGUGAGCUUUCAAUAUUCUCACAUAGCUUUUCUCCUUAGAUUUCUGAUCAUGUGAUAUAUAACAUUCAGUAAAACCUGCUUUAGUCAAACUCUGUCCAGCGUUCCUAAUAUUAGCCCAUGUCUGGUAAUAUGAAUCAAUAAGCCCAUACCUGGUAAAAUAAAUCAAUAAGCCCAUGUCUGGUAAUAUGAAUCAACAAGCCCAUGAUUGGUAGCAGAUCCAUCUGCAUCUAUUGUAGUUCAGGAGCUCUAUUUCAUUGACCUGCAAUAGCCCACCCACUACUUCAAAUCAAAGUUUUGUGCUGUCCCUGGGCUUAUCGUCUCAUCCUGAUCAAAUUAAUGAUAGAUAUUUGACGUAAUCAUAUUCUUAAUGCUGAUCAAUCAAAUAUCUGGUCACACAAAAAGGUUGUUUGGUUCCGAAGUAAUGGAUUUAAUCUAGAAAAAUUGUUCAGUGUCUGUAAAAUUCAAUCCCAGGCCCCAAUUUCAUCAAUAUUUUUUAACUUAAGGAAAGUUCCCUAAUUAGCUAAGGUUGUUUUUUUCCUUAAAUCCAAUAAUGGUUUCCUAUAUAGAAUGUUUAGCUGUUUCCUUAUUGAUAACUCGAGGGAUGUUGAUCAAAGUGGGACCAGAUCCAAUCCACAUUCUGGUAAAGUUUGUCAUUUAGAGAGUCCACAUUAUCAAAAGCUGGCUGUUUUGAUUAUCUGGAUGUCUAUAAUUAUAUUUUGAUGUUUUGUAGAGUUUGGCUUAGCUAGUUUUACUCCAGUGAUACCGACAACAUUCCAUUAUUCUCAUGUAUUUAUGCCUUUUCCGUGCUGUAAGCUUACAGUCUUGUUAGACCAGCAUGAUUCUUCAGAACAAUUUCACCAAGAAUAAGCUUGUAGAGUGUGUUUAUGGUAGAAUUUUAAUUAGUCCCCCACCAGAACUGUCGGAGGGGACUCUUUAGUCAUUGGUAAAUAAAACAUUAUCUGUCCGUCCAUACAAUCUUGCUAUGAUAAUGUUCAUAACACCCAGAAGAUUACCAAGCCUGGUUUAUAUGAGUGUGUGUAUCAAAAGUAGGUCACUGUAACCUUCAUAUAAGUCUUAACUGUAAAUGUUUUUCUCUGCAUCAUAGCUUCCAGAAGCACCAAGUAUUUUAACAUUUGAUAGUUGUAAAACUUAAUACAACCGUCGUACAAAGUGAAGGAUUAUCUCCCUUACGUUUUUGUCAAAGAUCACUACUUUCAUUUUGGCAUGACUGUGGUCUUUUUUAAUUGGUUCAUUGCAAGAGCAUGUAAGGCGAAGGCAGAAUCUUGUAGUAGUUGGUGACUACCUCACUGAAUAACAUACCUGGAUACCCAUUGCACAUUUCCCAUUGCAAUUGUGGUACAGUGAGUGUGUCUUUCCCAAAGAUAAAAACAAGACAGCACAGUUGUCUACAUUUGCAUGAUAUUAACUUUCAGAAGAAAAUAAUCGACCGGGAAGAGGAUCAACCACACACCUAGGAUCACUUCUUAUAAGGUCAUAUUAGACUAAUACUCUAACAAAUGACUUAUCACAACCAUCUCCCACUUAACAAAAAUGUAGGAGUUUUUUGUCCUAAGUUUCAUCAAAUCAGUCGUCUUGUACUGGUGGGGGACUUUAUUAAUUGUCCUUAGGGCAAUGUCUCGUUCAUUAGAUUUCCUCAAUGUUUUGUUCUGUUUUCUUGUAACUGCUUUUGAGAUUUUGUGAAUGUUUUGCCAAUAUUCUGUGAUUAAUUUAAAUAUGAUAUAGUUAGAACUAAGAUUUAUAGAAGAUUUUCUGUGAAUUGUGAAUUAUGACAUUUUUUUUCCCACUUAUUAUUACGCUUCCAUUGAUAUCUCGGAUCUUGCCAAAUGUAGUGUUAUUAUCCACAAUAUUUAUUACUAUUUUUUAAAAUUUAUUUUAAAUUUGACAUGAUAAAUAUUAACAACAAAACACUGCAUGGGACAAAAUUUAGUUGAGCCUAUGUCUUUCUGAACAGUGUUAAGGUCACAUUCCUUAGAAAGGGGACAUAACUCCUGAAUCCUGUAGAGAGUAUCUUUUUAAAGGGGACACAACUCUGAAUUCCUGUAGAGGACAUUGUGAGAACACCUGUUUUAAUCUGUUUAAAGGGAAGUGAGAAAAUGUUUACUUUCUUAAAUAAACAACUGCAGAUCUUUAAAGUGUUCUAUUUAAAACGUUCACAAAUAAUUAUUUAAAUAUAUAUAUUAUAUUCAUUAGUUCAGAUUUAAAUGGUGAACAAUUUUUUAUAUGCAUACCAGAAAAAAUCUUGGUGAGCAAUAUUGUACAGGAUCAAGCAUUCUGAUCUACCACAGUUAUGUCCCUUUGUCCCAUUCUAUUGGUGUCAUGUUUAGGAUUUGCUUUUUAAAACAUCUUUACUGUAUUUAUUAUAAUGCAAUAUAGAUAUACACAUAUUCAGAUAUUUUAUUAGAGUUUAUGGCAUUAAAUGUAUAUUUGUAUAUAAAUGUGGUAGAAUUUGAUCUACAAUAAAGUCACAACCUGCUUUGGUGGUCUGAAGCCGCUAUCAUAUUUAUUUUCACAAUAUCAAAUUAUAGCACGUAACCAGAUUUAAAAGAAUGUGUUGGUAUAAUGAUGAAUUAGUGCAAGCAUCAUACAAUUAAUGUACUUACAGUAGAAAACAAUUAACAAAACCUGCAAUAAGUGAAAAUCACAAAAAAAAACCAUGUAUAAUGUGUAAAAUGUAUCUGCCAUGUGUGAUACACUUAUAAAGAUGAAUAUUAUUGUUUAUGCAUUAAGUGAAUCUUUGCUCAUGUUUUAUUUAUAAAAUGUAGAAUGCAUAUUAUAUUGUAUUUAUCUGGAAAUGAGCUCAUGUCUAGUAAAAAGCCAAUCAAUAUAUAUAUCUGUCAUUAUUUAGUAAAUCAAAUGAAAUGUGACUGUCCUGUUAUAAGUCCAACCCUGAAUUUGAACAGGUAUGAAAUAAUAUGAUGGAUCCCUGGGCUUAUUUUAGGAUAAAUACGGGAUCGAGAGAAAACACAUUGUUAGAUCAUAGUGACGGAAUUACGAUUCAUGUAAUGCUUUUGUGUAUGAGCAGUAAAUAAUUAUUUGAAAUAUGUAA